GUGGGACCGAAGAGCGACGGCCGCAGCCGCGGCCACGACCUGUCCGUGGCGCUUCCCAGUUUUACAAAGCACUUUGACACUAGGAUCUGAGCCCUGCGAUCUGCGGAUAGAGCGGAGGGAACCGAGGCCCCUUGCCGCUCGUCUUGUCCACUAGGCCUCGGGCGCCUCGCUUCCCUGGGGCCUAUCGUGGGCUCUCUGGCAUGGCUGUCGGGGCUUCCGAGAGCUCCUGGCCCCACCGAAAGUAAGGAGCUUGCACCGGAGCCUCCUGACCCCCUGAGAGCUCUUUUUGGCGUUCAUUCCUGUUCAGGUCGAUGUAACAACAGUUACAAGAGCCAGGGCCAUAGGGAAGGGUCUUACAGGGUGGGGUAGAGGCAGGGGCCAGUUUCAAAGCCCAGGCUGAGCAUGUAAAGUCUAUGGGGAGGCAAAAGCUACACAUGAUAUAAAGACAAAUCAGUGUAGAACAGUGGAACCCCCUCCCUCUGAGCCUCCUCUCCGGCCCCGGAAGCAGCUCCCAGGGAUCUCAGCCCCUUCCUGUAAUGGAACCUCUCUAAAUCCCAUAGAUGAAUUAUUGCGGAGGAAACAGCUGCAGCUGCUGGCCACACCCAAGCUGUCUCCAGGUGCCUGGUGCACGAUGCACGGAAGGGAAUCUCGGGGUACCAUGUUUGAGACCCGACGGGGCCCCAGAGUAGGAGAAGCUUCUGGCUGUAGGGGGGCGGUGAAGAGUCUCUCUUCUCCCUCAGGACGAGGUGCUGCUGAUCCAGGAGGCUAAGAGAGAGUGCCGGGGGUCAUGGUACCUUCCUGCAGGGCGAAUGGAGCCUGGAGAGACCAUCGUGGAGGCGCUGCAGCGGGAGGUGAGGGAGGAGGCUGGGCUACACUGCGAGCCUGUGACACUGCUGUCCACGGAGGAGCGGGGUCCCUCUUGGAUCCGCUUCGUGUUCCUCGCUCGCCCCACAGGCGGAAUUCUAAAGACUCUCAAAGAGGCAGAUGCGGAGUCCCUGCAGGCUGGCUGGUACCCGAGGAUCUCCCUGCCCACUCCUCUGCGAGCUCAUGACAUUCUGCACCUGAUUGAGCUGGCCACCCAGUACCGCCAGCAGGCCAGGCACCCUCUCAUUCUGCCCCACGAGCUGCCUUGCAGUCUGGUCUGCCAGCGGCUCGUGGCCACUUUUUCCAGUGUCCAGACAGUGUGGGUACUGGUGGCCAUGGUGGGGAUGCCACACUUGCCGGUCACCGCCUGUGGCUUUACCCCCAUGGAGCAAAGAGGUGGCAUCAGGGUGGCCGUUCUACGGCUCCUGCAGGAGUGUCUGACCCUGCACGGUUUAAUAGUGGAGACCAAGGGGUUGCUUGGACUGCAGCACCUGGGCAGGGACCACGCAGAUGGCAUCUGCUUCAAUGUCCUGGUGACUGUGGCUUUUCAGAACCCAGGAAGCCGAGAUGAACCCCCUAAGGUUCGGGGUGAGAACUACUUUUGGUGGAAGGUGACAGAGGGAGACCUACAUAGCCAGCUCCUCCGGAGGCUCCAGGAAUCUUCUGUUGUCCCUGUGAACAGAUAGGAGAGGCCAGCAGGCACCAGGAGCUGGGCAGCUGUGUCCCCUCCAUGGGACUCUGCCUCCUUUGGAGGCAGGCAGGAGGCUGGCAGUCAGGGGUCUUGGUGCACAGGGUGCAGGGGUGGUUCUCCUGGUACAGGGACUUCGUGCAGCCGCCAGCACCCCCACACCUUGCACCAAAAAAAUAGUGCCUUUAACCACGAAAGGAACCUGAUUGCCUUGAGGGCACAUGGAUGCUUACUUCCAGGGUCUGGGAGCUUUCUGAACCCCGUGCUCACCACUCUGAAGACCUGCAUGCUGAUCCUUUUGGGCUUAGAAAUUGAAAGGGGACACGAGGAGGUCCUUGAAAGAGGGCCCCUUGCUGAGUGAAUACUAUUGCAUACCCUUCCUUUCCUGCCUAAAUGUCUCUGUUGGAAGGAAAUGAGGGGUUCUCGUCAGCACUGCUGCUCCCUGUCCCACCGACAGCCACCCAGAGCUUUCCUGACAGCUGCCAACACUGCAUGGAACUGCUUUCCACUGCAGGCCCCAGGCCCCAGUCCCCAGAGCUGUCUCCAUCCUUCCCUGUGGAGCAGGAGGUUGUGUGAGAGAACCAGGUCCCUAGUGAAAGCACAGCACAGACCCCCAGGGGUUGAGCAGUGGGGAUUCUGGGAAGCUACAGAUGGGGCAGAAGCCAAAAGUAUUUCUUUCCCAUGAGUUUCCAGGCUCUGAUCCCUACCCAUCCAUUCUCUUGCCUUUGCCUUUUUAUACUUUCAACCCAAGCCAGACAAAAUCUUUGUUCUUCUUAGCCCAGCAGCAUAGCAGGAUUUUUCUUUUUUAAUAAAAGAACUUCAGUGGAAAACCG